CCUAAAGCGAACAUUAUACUUUUGAACAUAUACGAAAUCGAAUCUACCUAAAAUUAGUUUAAAAGAGCAGAUAAAAUCCCAAAACCGAAAGUUAUAUAUUUCUACAAAAUGUCACAAUCCCAAUCCCAGUCCCCUAACCGCGCGGAGGAGCAGCAGGACGACCUGAAGCAGUGGCUUAAGGAGCAGCGCAUUGUGUUGGACAUGCGAACUCGGCGUUUCUUCUCCGACGUUUUGCCAGUGGCCAAGAUUAUCAAACAAUGCCAUCCGCGUCUGGUGGAUCUGCACAAUUAUACGCCCAAGAGCAGUGUGGCGCUGAAGCUCCAAAGCUGGGAGACCUUCAACCACAAGGUUCUGAAGAAGUUGAACAUCCAUGUGCCCCGCUCUGGCCUGGAGCAACUGGCUGCGGCGGCACCAGGCGCCAUAGAAUCCCUGUUCCAGGAACUGAUUGCGGUGACCAAGUGCGGUAGUCCCAGGCCCAGUCCCAUGCGGAGUGUCUCGCCAACGCCUUCGCACAAAAGCGAGGUGGUCAAAAGGGUGGCCAAAAAGGAUUCCCUGAGUCGCACACUCAACCGCUCACUCACUCAAAUAAUCGAGCGCUCCUCCUCGGGUGAGACACGACCCAAAGUUCUGACCAUGAACGUGGACGUCCUCGUCAAUGGAAAGGUCAAGAAGGUGGCCAAGAAACUGGUGGAGUACGAACACUACGCUAAGGUGGUCAAAAAAAGUGCCGAGAAGUCCAGCUACAUAACCUCCAUCCUCCAAAAGUCCGAGUAUCUGCAGAGUAUUAUCGCCGUGAAGGAGGAGCGCAUCUCGGAGCUGAUGGAUCAACUGGCCAAACUAUCGGUGAGCAUUCUUUCCAUGCGACCCAUGCUCAGCGAUAACGAUGACGAUACUAGGAUCAGUACAAAUUCCCAUACCCAUAUUAACAACGCCUCAGAGCCCUGCUUCGAGCUCGCCAACUAGCCCAGAGAUGCGAAGAAAGUGUUCCCGAGAAUCCCAACCCGGCGAUAUCCCAACGGUAUACGUAAUUCACUAAGGUUUUUUCAAAAACAACUUUCCACGCCAACAUAACACCUUAUCGGAUAUAUCUGUACUGUAUAUUUUGUAUUUUAAUUUGAUUUCCUGAACCCCUUUCUUUGGCUUUAACCCAUUAAACAACGCGAAAUUGUUACGCUGUUCAGAAGAAAAAUCACGUUUUCUUUAUCGUAAUUCCUUGGCUGAUAAAUAAAAGUGAAGUGCGAUAGGAGAAACGCA